GAAAUUAUUCCUUUUCUUUUUACGGGUGCUUCAUCUUCAUUGAUUUCCUUCUCUCACUCUGCUCUCCCCGCCAAUUUUAGCGGAAUUUUUGUGGCUGAAAGUCGCAUUUAACCAUUAAACUUCUCAGGUUUUUGUUCUUGAGUUAUUGGAUUCAAUUCCUCUGAACUUUUAUAAUAGAAAUGGAAUCAGUUACUCUCUACUCUGCUAAAGCUUCAGUUCGAAUGCGUUUUUAAAGAUUGUGUUCGGUGGAGGCCAUUUCCGAUUCUCUCCGACGAUGAACUUUGUUUCGGAUGUCGAAUGGCUUUUACUGUUAGGUUUUGGAAUUUCAGAACAGAUCUAGUUUGCUUUUUGGUCUGGUGGAUCUCCGGCGGCGGGUGAAUCGUUUAUUUCUUGAGUUUUUUCCUUUCGCAUGAUGUUGUGAAUCUGUUGAUCAAUGCAUAUAUUGCUUUCUUUGUGUUUUUGAUUUGCGGAAUUGAAUCUUGAACUGCUUUACAUCGUAUUAGUAAUGGUGUCUAGUAAUGACCCUAUAGAAUCCUUCUUUAAUUCGCUUCACGCUGUUAAGGGUGCUUUCUCGCCACUUGAAUCUGGUAUUCGUCGCGCCGCGAAAGAUCUAGAGUUGUGCUGGGCGGGUUCGAGAACUGGGGCUGGUAAUCUCGAACUGUUCGCCGAACUAGAUUUUGCUGCCGAGAACAGUACCAGGAGCUCAUCUCUGAAGAAGGAACAUUGCGAGGAUGUUGUUGUUGUUGAUGAAACAAAGAAAAACUUGUCGAUAAAAUUUCCGAUCAAGACGUUCUUGGGUACAUUUUUUCCUAACUCCGGAGCCAAUGACCGCAAGGUCGAGCUUUUGAAGAAAGAGUCCAAAGGGAAGGAUCUAGUUGGAGAGAAGGUCUCUUGCACUAAUUGCUUGCAGUUUGCAGUUACCUGGUCUGUGUUGCUUAACAGUUUUCUUCAGGCAUUUCCAAGCCCAUUCAAAAACGGAAGGAAGCGAUUUCAGAAACAGUGUGUUCAGGAGAACUAUUGUUCAGAUUCAUGCAAAGAGUCAAUAUCAUCGAGGGUUGCAUCUGAAUCGAAACAGAGUGAAUGUGGUCAAUUUGCUUCAUUUCAGAACAAGGCCACAACUUGUAAGGAAGGGGACAGUUUGUCGUUGGAACUCCUUAUAGGUCUAAUAUUUGAUCAGUUCACCCAAAAUCUUCAGAAAUUUGAUGAGGAUAACCAGGAAAAAUGUCAUAAGAGUUCUGUUCAAACUGAAACUUCAGAAACUUCCUCUUCUCCUUUGCCUACAUUUGAUCACUUUGGGCUAGUUACAGGUAUACUUGGAGGGAAAAAGGCAGAUGUCAAUCACUUUCUCGGGAACUUGAGAUUUGCAAGAGUUGGAGGUGUGCCACCAACUCUAGUGGAAGUAACCUCUUCUGUCAAAGUAGAGGGGGAGGAUGGUGUCUCUGCUGGCAGUGAAGAAGAAGCUGAAAGCAGUUCGCCUCAGAAGCUUGCAAACGGGUUGCUCAAUAUUCCAUUAUCAAAUGUUGAGCGAUUGCGGUCCUCUCUUCCUACUGUUUCAUUGACAGAACUGAUUGAGCUUCUACCUCAGUUAGGGAAGUCCUCUGAAGAGCAUCCUGACAAGAAAAAGUUAUUCUCUGUGCAGGAUUUCUUCAGGUAUACGGAAUCUGAAGGAAAGCGGUUCUUUGAGGAGCUCGAUAGAGAUGGAGAUGGCCAGGUAACACUAGAAGAUCUUGAAGUUGCCAUGAGAAAGAGAAGAUUACCUCGGAGAUAUGCUCAGGAAUUUAUGCGCCGCACUAGGAGUCACUUAUUUUCAAAAUCAUUUGAGUGGAAACGAUUUUUGUCCUUGAUGGAGCAGAAAGAACCCACCAUUCUUCGGGCUUAUACCACUUUAUGUUUGAGCAAGUCUGGAACACUGCAAAAGAGUGAAAUCUUGACGUCCCUUAAAAAUGCCGGACUUCCAGCCAAUGAAAAUAAUGCUGUUGCCAUGAUGCGCUUUUUGGAUGCUGACACUGAAGGAUCUAUAUCCUACAGUCAUUUCCGCAAUUUCAUGCUGCUUCUUCCUUCUGAUCGACUUGAGGAUGAUCCCCGGUAAGAUGAGGUUGGCCUGUUCUAAUUAUCAGAUUCAUCAAUAGCUUUGUAAAGAAUGACCAAGUACAUUAGCCACUUUGGUUUAGAUUUAAUGGGAUUAUUAAGUACUUAUAAAAAUUUUACAAGAUUUUAAUAAACUAAUGGAGUGCUGUCUUAUAUUU